AUGAAGUCCCACAUCAUCACCACCCUCCUUACCCUCCCCCUCCUUGCCCUCUCCUUCCGCCCCGCCACCCCCUGCGGCACAAACCAGGACGGGAGUUCACCCUGCAUGCGCAGCGUCGACGGUACCGAUGCUGGUGCGGGCUACCCGGACCACGUUAAUAAACUGCACCACCACAACACUCCGAGCGUGGACCCUGGAUCUGAAGAGGCGGUGCUGUUGAGGGGGUUGGGUCCUGUGGUUUGGUACGGGGUGGUGGAGAGGGGGCUUGAGCUUGGGACCAAGGAGGGGGCGAAGGUGUGGGGGAAGACUGGGUUUGAGGUUCUUGUUACGAGGGGGGUUUCUUCUGGAUUGAGUUCUGGGUUGGGAUUGGUUACUUCUUCUGGGUCUGGUGCUGGUUCGAUGGUUACUUCUUCUUCCUCUGCUUCGUCUUCUUCUGGUUCUGGUUUUGGUUCUGGAUCUGCUGCUCUGUCUUCCCCUUCUCCCAAUCCUCCUUCGACAUUGGUGACGAUGCCGAAGAUGACCACCACGACCACGACCACGACGAUUACGGUUUCAUCUGCAUGGGAUGGUACUACCCAGUCUCCGCAUGUGACUCUCAUGGCUAGAGGUUCGGCUGCUAAGGCGGCGCGGGUCCAACAUUGCUUCUGGCGCUUCUGUUUUUCUUAG